AUGUCUAAUCUUACACCUAAUGUCGCGUCAAAUCAGACAAUGUCUGAACCUAAGUCACCACUCGUAAAGUCUGUUAAAGACUAUUUUGUAAAUAAAGACCAUAGGUUUUACAUUGCUGUUUCGGCAACUGUGAUUUUGGCAGGAGUUGGCCUUUAUUACUUUUGGUCUCCCAAACCCCCAAGACCAAAAUCACAGAAACGUUCAAGAAAAACGAGAUCAGCGAGACCUGCUGGAAAUGCAGACACUGGAAAAGAGAGAGGAGGUAGAAACAAAGAAGAACUUGAGGCUGAAGAGUUCGAAAGCUAUACUCAAGAACAAAUUAACGCUUUACCUAUGGAGAAACGCGUCACGGCCUCACAAACGCUUAAAAGCCGCGGAAACGAGGAAUUUCGUCAAAACAAUUACCCAAGAGCCGUGAACCUUUAUACGCAAGCGAUAGCUUUUAAUCAAGAUCCGGUAUUUUAUAGCAAUCGAGCUGCGUGUUAUUACAACACGAAUGAUUACGCGAGAGCUAUCGAAGAUUGCAAUAAUGCAUUGCGAAUGGAUCCCCUUUACGUCAAAGCGUUAAAUAGACGCGCUAUGGCAUACGAACAAACCUCUCGUUAUGAAGAAUCUUUGCAUGAUUAUACUGCAGCUUGUAUUAUCGGCGAGUUUAGAAAUGAAAAUUCUACAAAAUCCAUUGAUCGCCUUUUAAAAAAAGUUGCUAGUAUUAAAGCUCAAGCAAUUAUUCAGAAUCGAGCAAAACGACUUCCUUCAACAAAUUUCAUAUCUUCAUAUUUGGAGGCAUUUCGCAAAGUAACCAUCGAGCCUUAUACACUUGACACAGUUAGUAAUGAAAAGGAAGGAGAUCAUUUCUAUAGUUUAGCAGAAACUUUUUUGAAUGAAAAACAAUAUGAAGAUGCAAUGACGGCGUAUGGGCGAGCCAUAGACGCUGGUUGUUCUAAUAUGGCUGAAGCCCUCAAUAUGAGAGGUACCUUCACUUAUUUAAUGGGUGAUUCUAAUGGCGCUUUGGAGGAUUUCAAAAAGGCACUUGAGAUUAGGUCCGACUACGUUCAGGCAUAUGUAAAACGUGCGACAAUUUACAUUGAACAAGGACAAACUGAUCUCGCAUGGCAAGAAUUUGAGGAAGCUAUUAAAAUUAAUCCUAAUGAUCCAGACAUAUAUUAUCACAGAGGACAAGUCUAUUUUCUAAAUGGUAUGUUUGACAAGGCAAUUAAUGAAUAUCAGCGUAGAAUUGAACUCGAUCCAGAUUUCGUUUAUGCGUAUAUUCAACUUGCCAUAUCCCAAUAUAAAAAUCAUGCUGAAGCGGAAGGAUUAAAAACUUGUCGGCUGGGACUUCAAAAAUUUGCUUUUUCGGCUGAGAUGCAUAAUUACUACGGUGAACUUCUUGCUGAUAAAAGUAAUGUUGAUGAAGCCAUGGAUCAUUUUGACAAAGCUAUUGAAUUACAGAAUGAAAAUUUUGCAUUACCUUUUGUCAAUAAAGCAAUGCUUUGUUUCCACUAUAAAAAUGACCCAGCUCAAGCAGAAGAAAUCUGUCGUCAAGCUUUGGAAAUUGAACCAGAAAGCGAUAUUGCGAACACGAUAAUGAGUGAAAUUUUACUUGCUAGAGGAAACCUGGAGGCGGCACUACAAUUGCUUGAAAAAUAUCAGGAGGUUGCACGUUCAGAAGCCGAACUUCAAAGUACCCUAGAGUAUGCAGAAGCUGCACGAUCUCAUAUUGCUUUUAAACGAAGAUAUCCACAACAUGCUGAUCGUUUAGCUUCACUUACUGGUAAAAAAUAA